CCGUCAAGGACUCACUGCAGAAGGAAAAGAGAGUGGAUUUGAAAAAUCGUUGUGGGGGAACAGAUUUUCCUGUAUUCUCUCUCGAUAUCUGACUUUAAACAUACAACAGGUCUCUGAUUUUAUGGAGUCAUUGACGUGGAGACGAAGAUAGAUUGUAGCAACGAUUCUGAAACAAGGACAAUUCAAGAUCUAUAUGAUACAAGCUCAUUAGCUAGUGGUCAAGCAUCCUGUGUUUAACUUCAAGAUGGAAUUCUCAUCCAACACAAAUGAAACUUGUAUUAUAUUGGAAUGUCCUAACCAUGUUAAUACCACCGAAUCUAUCUACGGGACGUACGCUGAACGCCAAAUCUUGUCUGGAGUCGGAUUUGUCGCUUCUUUCGUCGGUCUCCUGGGAAACUUGGCGGUCAUUUUUGCCAUUCUGACUGUCAAGAAACUGCAGACUAAAACCAAUGUGUUUGUUCUGAAUCUCGCAGUUGCCGAUGUACUGACCUGCACCGUGGCUCCUCUGCAAGCGGUGACCAUCUUGAACGACGAGCUAGUCAUACCGUCUUGGUUGUGCAAACUUCUUGCGUUUUGUAUUAUAUCUUGCAUUGGCUGCAGUAUUAACACCCUAGCCUUAAUUGCCGUCAACCGACUAGUUGGUAUCACGACUACGGCUAUGUACCACAAACUUUACACCCCUUUCAAGCUCUUUCUGAUGAUUGUCAUAUCAUGGGGCUUGCCGUUUGCCGUAGCCACUAUUCCACUCUUCACCAAUUACUCCAAAUAUGGAUUCAACCCCAUCUAUAAAUCCUGCACUUGGUCGUCCAACAAGACAGACAUUUUUACAUACGCAAAGCUCAUGCUGAGACUGGACAACUAUAGAGGCAGCGAAGGCGCAGGACAGCAAACACUUCAAAGACAACUUUGGAAACGUCAGGUGACUGUUACCAAGAAUUUGUUCACAGUGGUGUGCGUGUUCUUCCUCUGCAUGUGCCCGUACUUCGCAACACUUGCACUACCAAGCAAUGUCGCCAAAAGCCUCCUGUCCUACGCAUCCGUGUGCCUCAUGAGCAACAGUGCAGUCAAUCCGAUCAUCUACGGAACUAAACACCCGGAUUUCAGGACGGCGUUUGCUCACGUCUUGUGUCACAGAAGAAAUUCUCAGACGGUGAGGGUUAUUUCUAGACAGAAGUGUACUAUUUGUGCAUUACCACAGCAAACAGUGUGAAAACAUAAGGUU